UUUCACGAUUUCCCUUUGCUCAGGUUUCAGGUACGAAUUUGGUUUUUCCUACACUUACUUGUUCUCACUGUGAUUGUCCGAAAUCGAGGGACAACGCUUCUUAAUCUGGUAGAUUCCUGAUGUCUUGGCUUGUUAAAAGUCGCAUUGGAAACAAACUGUUACGCCUCAAACCUUCGGCUUCUUUCGAUCUUUCCUCUGCGCUCAUCGAGAAUCUCUCUACAUCUUCGGAACGAUUACCUGAAACACUUGAUGAAUCUUCACAGUCGGAGGAUAUAUGGAAUGUUAUUGUAGGUAAAGCCGGUGAUAGAGUCAGCGAAGAUGAAGUAUUUCAUCGUCUAUCAAACGAUGAAAGCUGUAACAGUGUAAAUCUCUCUGAUGGUUUGGUUCAUAAGCUGCUCCAUAGGUUUAGAGAUGACUGGAAAUCUGCGCUCUGUGUUUUGAAAUGGGCCGAGUCUUGUAAAGGGCACAAACAUUCGAGCGAUUCUUAUGAUAUGGCGGUGGAUAUUCUUGGCAAGGCUAAGAAAUGGGAUCGAAUGAAGGAGUUUGUGGAGAGAAUGAAAAGAGAUAAACUUGUAACCUUGAACACGAUUGCUAAGAUCAUGAGGAGAUUUGCUGGUGCUGGGGAAUGGGAAGAAGCUGUCAACAUAUUCGAUAAAUUGGGUGAAUUUGGCUUGGAGAAGAACACUGAAUCGAUGAAUUUGCUGCUCGAUACUCUUUGCAAGGAGAAAAGGGUCGAGCAGGCUCGGGAAGUUUUGCUUGAGCUUAAGUCACACAUUACUCCAAAUGCUCAUACGUUUAAUAUCUUCAUUCACGGUUGGUGUAAGGCCAAUAGAGUCGAGGAAGCUCUUUGGACGAUCCAAGAGAUGAAAGGCCACGGAUUUCGUCCUUGUGUUAUCAGCUAUACGACGAUUAUAAGGUGUUAUUGCCAGCAAUCCGACUUCAUCAAGGUCUAUGAGAUUCUAAGUGAAAUGGAAGCUAAUGAGUCUCCUCCGAAUUCUAUUACUUACACGACGAUUAUGUCUUCUCUUAAUGCUCAGAAAGAGUUUGAGGAGUCUUUACGGGUUGCUACGAGAAUGAAAAGAUCUGGUUGUGAACCCGAUACUCUUUUCUACAACUGUUUGAUUCACACGCUUGCUCGAGCUGGUCGGUUAGAAGAAGCUGAGAGGGUUUUUAGAGUUGAGAUGCCUGAGCUUGGUGUUUCCAUAAAUACAUCUACCUAUAACUCCAUGAUUGCUAUGUAUUGUCAUCACGAUGAGGAAGAGAAGGCGGUUGAGCUUGUCAAGGAAAUGGAAAGUUCGAAGCUUUGUGAUCCCGAUGUUCAUACGUAUCACCCAUUGCUGAGGUCUUGUUUCAAGAGAGGGGAUGUUGUUGAGGUUGGUAGAUUUCUGAAAGAGAUGGUGACCAAACAUCAUCUCAGCCUCGAUGAAUCAACUUAUACUUUUCUGAUACAGAGGUUUUGCAGAGCUAAUAUAUGUGAGUGGGCGUAUUGCCUUUUCGAAGAGAUGAUUAGCCAAGAUAUCACACCGAGGCACCGGACUUGUUUGUUGCUCUUGGAAGAAGUCAAGAAGAAGAAUAUGCAUGAAUCCGCGGAGAGAAUCGAACACAUCAUGAAGACUGUCAAACUUACUGCCCCUGUAAAGUGAGGUUAUUAGUUUUUACGAUGCUUAAACCGUCACAAAUUAGAUUGCAGAUUGUGAUGAGAAGCGGUCACUUCAUGCUUUAGAAAGAAGACAAGACCAGAUCGCGCAUUAAAUUUUCAUUGUGUUCUUCAUUCAACCACAUCGUAGUGUAGAUUUUAAGUACUUUGGUCAUGGAUAAGAAACUCCAGUUUCAAAUUCAGGAAGAGUUGUUCAGAUUUGUAACUCUGGAGUUGAUUGAUUCUGACACAAUAUUGAUGAUAAGACGCUAGGCAAGUUGUGUUUGUUGUCUGCUUUGACUCAAGUCUU